AUGGGACGACGGGAGGCCUGGGCCAUCCUGGGUGCCUGCCACCUGGGUUCUUACCUCUGGGGGCUGGCAGAACUUCGACUCUGGAAGCAGCCAAAGCAGCGUGAGAGGGAAGGACUCAAGGAGAACAAUGGGAGAGGCCAGGAAGGAGGGGUGACCCUGCCGACGGGAGCUCUUGCGCGAAAUGAGACUGACGAGAUGUGUAGUGGGUCCAAGACUCGGGAGUCCCAGUGA